GCAAUUCUUUGUAAUUCUUUACCGAUGUUUUUUCUUACAAUUGAUAAUUAUUAUUUACUAUACUUCAUUAAUGAAAUUGUAUUCAGAUUGUAGUCACCAUACAAAUUCAAAACGCCAUAGACUCGAUUUUUCUCUUCUACCAUGCAAGAAACCUAGACCAAAUGUAUUAAAUACAGCAUAUUUACAAAUAAAACCACUUGGAAUUCCUUUAAUUCAAAAAACUACUGGUUCUUCCAUUGAUACUAUACAUCUCCAGCCCUAUAAACCUUACUCUAUUGGCCGUAACUAUAGCCGUUGUGAUUUCAUAUUCGAAGACAAUCGAGUCAGUAAUAUUCAUUGCCAGAUUCUUUUUGACCCACUGAACAAGAAAUUGUACUUGUGUGACGGGUUAUUUUUUCGUUCGAGAAAGUUUAGGGUUUCAUUGAAUGGGGUGUUUGUUAAUGGGGUUAGAAUUGCAAAAGGUGAAGUUGUGGAUAUUUGUGUCGGUGAUGAAGUUUCGUUUGGCUGUGGAAGUCAAGGGACUUGUUGUAUGGGUUUACGGAUAGGAUUUUGUUUGCAAAAGGCGGUCUUUGUUCAGGAAGUUGUUGAUAGAAAUAUAGAUGGAAAAAACAAUGUAUUGCCCGAAGAUUGUGCACCGGCUAGGUAUGCAAGUUAUGCACUAGUUGCUAAAGCAAAUGUAUUGUUAAAUAUGUGUAGGGAAAUAUUAAGUAGCAACUAUCCUGUGUCGUGUAUCCACAAAUGUGUUAUUCUUGAUUAUGGAAAGGGAGUUAGAUGUCAUGGUAGAAUUGGAGUCGAUGAGGAUUUUAAGUUUCCAGUGGCUAGUAUUCUUGGAGUACAUUCUGGUCAAAAAACUUGUAGGAAAGAGGUAUUGCUUGUCGAGGGUGAACCUGGCCAGGAUCGGAAAUGUGAUCUCCCCAAAGAUUCUGGACUUGCUAUUGAGGUGGAAACAUGUGAUCUUGAUGGGAAGGGUGCAAAAGAAGUGAAUAAUGAUGGAGCAUCUCAUGAGAACGGCGACAAUGCUAAUGGGAAAGAGGAAGCUUUAUCUCUGGGGUUUGUGAGCAAGGAGGUUGUUGGUCAACUUGAUGAUACGAUGAAAGAAAAGAAUAGAGCUGGUGUUGUUCCACCUCCAGGAAAGAAGUUCGUUUUGAAUCGACUGGCUAGUGAAGGGCCACCAAAAUUUUCAGAAGAUCCUGAUGCUGUAUCAUUGCCAGAGCUUCUUUAUCCAAUUGAGACUCUUGAACAGCUAUUUAUUGCAACAUUUACUGCUGAUAUACCAUGGUUCCUGUCCUACUGUGAGAUUCCAGCUGAUCUACCUGUUACAAUCGCUUGCCACAAUGCUGAAAGGUGUUGGAGUUCCAGUCCUGAUAAAAGAACCUCAAAGCCUUACUCAGAUUUUCCAAAACUAGUUGUCGUUUAUCCCCCAUUUCCUGAGGUGAUAGCAUUUGGUCAAGACCUGAGGAAAGCAGGCAUUGGUUGCCAUCAUCCAAAGUUGCUUGUGUUGCAAAGGAGAGAUAGUCUCCGUGUUGUGGUCACAUCUGCUAAUUUGGUGGCAGGACAGUGGUGCAGAGUGACGAAUACAGUCUGGUGGCAGGAUUUCCCUCGCCUGGAUGUACCAGACUACUUGUCACUUUUCACCACAAUAUCUGAAGAGAAAAAUAAUGGACAUUUGGUAUCUGAUUUUGCUGCUCAACUAGCUGCAUUUAUGGCCUUUUUGGUGGCUGAUGUACCGAGUCAGGCCCAUUGGAUCCUGGAGCUAACAAACUAUGACUUUAAAGGAAGUGCUGGCUAUCUGGUCGCCUCUGUCCCUGGAGUCCACUCAAGUCGCAUUCCUUCUAUAUCAAAACCAAAACAUUUCUUAGGGGGUGAUUGUUUGCCAGAGUUAUGUCACUUUAAGUCAGUGGGUUCUGUUGAAGCAUCAGUGGCUGGUCUAAGUCAUCUCUUCCGUACUUCAGUCGAUCUUAAUGGAGCACGGCUGAAGAAACUUGCAACUUACCUUGGGAAAUGCAGUGAAAAUGUAUUUGGAAUGUCAGAGGUUAUUCUAAAGCGAGUCUCACAUAUACCAGCUGAUGCAAAUGCUGUUAGCAUUCUCAUACCUAAUCCUGAAAAUCCUUCUUUAGGGGAUUGUGUUCAACUUGGGUUUCUUCCAAAGAAUUUCGCGAAGUGGGUUGCUCCACUCUCGGACAGUGGUCUUUUUGUGUUUUCUGCAUAUAUUUUCUCAAGUGAAGUUCUUAGUGCUGCUUUAGAGGGAAGCAGCAGCAAAAUACAGUUGAUACUGCAUGUAUCACAGGGUCCAUCCUUUUCAGCCAUUUCAGAAAUUAUUAGAGGUGAACAUGUUUCUGCAAUUUGCUCACUAAUUGCAUCCCUUCAAAGGUGUUGGGGAAUCUGGCGGCUUCAAGAGGUUUUGGGCCAGUUCAAAUGGCCGGAACAUUUAGAAACUGAUUUUGUAUUUGGUGCAUCCUCAAUUGGGUCCAUCAAUGCAAAAUUUUUAGCUGCAUUUUCAGCAGCAGGUGGAAAGCGGUCAUUGAGGCUCUCUGAAUCGGAGGAAUCAGAUCCAGAUUGGGGCUGCUGGAGUGUGAGCCAAGAGUUGAGGAGCCCAUCCAUUAGAAUUAUUUUUCCUACCAUUGAACGAGUGAAAAAUGCAAGAAGUGGAAUCUCGGCAUCCAGGCGUAUAUUGUGCUUUUCACAGAAAACUUGGCAUCGGUUGAAAACUAUGCGCAUUCUACAUGAUGCUGUUCCUUGUCCUGGCUACAGAAUUGGGUAUCCCAUGCAUGUCAAGGUUGCUCGAAGAAGAUUUCAAUCGAGGAAAGAUGCAUCCUCCUUCGGAUGGGUUUAUUGUGGAUCACACAAUUUCAGUGAAGCUGCAUGGGGGCGUCCGGUUUCUGGUUCACUUGACAAGAAACUCAAUGGAAAUAAAAGUUAUUCUAGUUUAUGUUCGAGACUUCAUGUCUCUAACUAUGAACUAGGUAUCUUAUUCAUUACUCCCCCUCCAGAUGCUGAAGGCAAGAUGAACCAAAAGACGAACUUGGACGAUAUAGUUUUACCCUUUGUGGUUCCUCCACCAAAAUACAGGCCUGUAGACAAACCUGCUACCCCACAGGAGAUGAGGGAGGCAUUGGCUGAGCAACUUCAGUUGCAGAGUGAUGCAUGUGAGGCAGCAAAAGAGGCAGACGAGUGUAUGCAGGAAGAAAUUCCUGAGGAGGAAGAGGAAUUGAUUGAGGCUACUGACUUUGUUGUUAAGGAGAAAGAAGAUGAGAAAGCUUAUGCUGAGAAACUAUGGAGUCAAGUUGAUUCCUCCGAGAACUGUUAGAAUCUUAUACAGUAAAAUAGUGUGAGGACUAGAUAUGCUGGGGAGCUAGGUGCAAACCAUUCUGAUGAUACUGAAGUUUUAACGCGUCUCCUUUCUUAUUACUUUAGGGGUCACAUACUGGUGUCGAAUAUAAAAAUUGUUGUAUGAUUAUAGUUGAAAAGGAGGGUUUAGAAAUAUAGUUUCAGUGAUCUGGUGAAAAUGUAUGUGUGAUGGUACUCGUAAAGUUAUAGAAAAGGACAAUGUAUAAGUCAUUUAUUGAAGAAGAAAUAAAAAGGUUUGUUGAA